AUGGCUUUGUCAGUAGACUCUGCUUUAUAUCGCUGGCAGCAUCUGUGGCGUGUAAAAGGAUCCUCUCAGCUGGAGUCAGCGCCUCUGUUGUCCUCUGACCACGAGAGGAAGAAAUACGAUUUCAACAGGUGGAGAGUUAUAUUUCCCAGUAAUGAGAGAUUUCAAAAGGAGUCCAGCAAAGUCUCUCGGUUUUAUUCUGGAAAUGGGAUACAGACCACAAAGUACACUUUGCUGACCUUUUUACCCCAGAACAUCUUUCACCAGUUUCACAGGCUGGCCAAUUUGUAUUUCCUGAUUUUGGUUAUCAUCAACUGGUUCCCACAGUUAGAAGUCUUCCAUAGGGAACUCACAAUGUUACCUUUGGCUGCUGUGCUUUUAAUUAUCGCCAUUAAAGAUGGCGUUGAAGACUGGAAGAGACACAGAUUUGAUCAGCAGAUCAACUUUUCUAAAACAAAAGUCUAUAUUAAAAGCCAAAAGACCUACAUUGAGAAGUGCUGGAAAGAUGUGUGCGUGGGAGACUUUGUACAGCUGCAGUGUAAUGAGAUAAUCCCUGCUGAUAUCCUGCUGCUCUACUCCUCUGAUCAGAAUGGGAUCUGUCAUUUGGAAACAGCAAGUCUCGAUGGGGAAACCAAUCUUAAACAACGACAAGUGGUGAAAGGAUUCUCUAAUCAGAAUGCUGAAUUUGACCCAGAAUUAUUCCAAAACAUCAUUGUUUGUGAAAACCCCAACAAUGAUCUUAAUAGAUUUAAAGGCUAUAUGGAGCAGCCUGAUCUCACACGCAUUGGUUUUAACAGAGAAAGCCUUCUUCUUCGUGGGUGCACAAUGAGGAACACAGAAGCUGCAGUAGGAAUUGUUAUCUAUGCAGGCCAUGAAACCAAAGCCAUGUUAAAUAACAGUGGUCCUCGAUAUAAACGCAGCAAAAUAGAGAAACGAAUGAAUGUUGACAUAUUCUUUUGUGUGGGACUGCUGAUCGUCAUGUGCCUCGUUGGAGCUGUAGGCCACGGCAUUUGGAAUGGGCUUUUCUUCGACCCCCCUUUGUACAUCCUCCCAGACAGAAAUGGCAACUACCUUGCUCCAGCUCUGGCAGGUUUCUACAUGUUCCUGACAAUGAUCAUCCUUUUACAGAUUUUAAUCCCCAUCUCCCUCUACGUGUCCAUUGAACUAGUCAAGUUGGGUCAAGUUUUCUUCAUUCAUAAUGAUAUUGACCUGUAUUAUGAGGAGCAAGACCUGUCCAUACAGUGCAGAGCGCUAAAUAUCACUGAGGACCUGGGACAAAUCCAGUACAUAUUCUCAGACAAAACGGGGACCCUAACUGAGAACAAGAUGGUGUUUCGACGGUGUACAAUCAAUGGGAAGGAAUUCUCGCAUCAGGAAAAUGCCAAGCGACUGGAGACCUACAAGGAGCAGGAUUCAGACAGUGAGGACUGGAUGAAACAUUUCACUCUCCCUUCCAACAAGGGUGGAGAAACAGCCACGUCAACAAGGAUGGCCACCAAACCCUUGAGGAGGAGUCAGAGUGCUCGGGCUCAUUUCCAGGGGCAUGUGAGACACAGGUCUCUGGGGCGCUGUGGAAGCUCUCGGUCUCAGGUGGCAUUCAGUAGCACCAUAGAAAAGAACGUGACCCCAGAUAACAGGCUGUUGAUGAAAGUGAGAAAUGCAUCGUGCCAGCUGGAAUCUUUCACACCGUUUAUGUCUGCAAAGACCACCUCUUCCGUCACCGACUUUUUCCUUGCCCUGACCCUCUGCAACACCGUGGUGGUCUCCACAGCAACUGAUCCAAGACAAAGGGUUACUACUCUCCCCCUAAUGAAGCCAGCAGGAAUUUCCCUGGAGAGAAUCCACCAGCUGUUCCAGCGGCUAAAGCUGUCAAGCCUCAACUACUCUUUCAAAUCCGCUCAGUCGAACACAGGAGGCAGUUUCAGCACAGAAAGCACCAGAGUCUGCGCCGAUUCUGAGAAAAGAAAUUAUUUUCCUUCACAAAGCUGCUCGACCUUAACAGAUUAUGACAGUUUUCAAGAAGAUUCAAUAAUUCCGGAAGAGGCCUCUGGGGCCAGCGAUGGCUGUUUGCGUGAGAUUUGCGAGACAGAUACCGGGGGGCCUUUGCAACCAGAAUUCUGUUACGAGGCUGAAAGCCCAGAUGAAGCAGCCCUCGUCCACGCCGCCCGUGCAUACCAGUUUACAUUAGUGUCCAGAACCGCUGAACAGGUGACUGUGAGGUUGCCAGAGGGCACCCUCCUGACUUUUGACCUCUUGUAUACUUUGGGAUUCGACUCCAACAGGAAAAGAAUGUCCGUCGUGGUGAGGCAUCCUCUGACCAAGGAGAUCAUUGUCUAUACCAAAGGGGCGGACUCUGUCAUAAUGGACUUAUUGGAAGACCCUGCCAGAGCUACCAUGACUAUGGAAAAAAGGAUAAGGAAAGUAAUAGUUCAAACACAGAAGCAUCUAGAUUGGUAUGCACAAGAUGGCCUGAGAACUCUGUGCAUAGCUAAGAAGGUCUUAAGUGAAGACGACUUUCGGAAAUGGGCCAACUUCCGUCACGAGGCAGAAACAGCGAUUGACAACAGGGAGGAGCUAUUAAUGGAGACAGCACACCAUCUGGAGACUAAACUCACUCUACUAGGAGCAACUGGGAUUGAGGAUCGUUUACAGGAUGGCGUCCCUGAUACAAUUGCUGCAUUCAGAGAGGCUGGGGUCCAGAUAUGGGUGCUGACCGGAGAUAAGCAGGAAACAGCCGUCAACAUUGCCUAUUCUUGCAAACUUCUGGGCCAAAGAGACACUGUCUUUACUAUUAAUACUGAAAGUAAGGAAACCUGUGAAUCCCUGUUGGAUAUCACACUGGAAGAAGUGAAGAAGGCUCAAGUAAUUGCAAGAACAAUGUGGAAUGUUUUUGGCAUUAAGCUACCAUUUUCUUGGUCAAGCACUGUGACUCCAAAUCCUGCUGUUGGUCUGGUGGUGGAUGGGAGCACUCUGAAUACCAUUUUCCAGGGACAACUUGAGCACAAGUUUCUUGAAUUAGCCAAGUACAGCCGUUCAGUUUUGUGUUGCCGGUGUACCCCACUACAAAAGAGUAUGGUAGUCAAACUUGUACGAAGUCACCUGAAAGUCAUGACCCUGGCAAUUGGUGAUGGUGCAAACGAUGUAAGUAUGAUUCAGGCAGCUGAUGUUGGAAUUGGCAUUUCUGGACAAGAAGGUAUGCAGGCUGUCAUGGCCAGUGACUUUGCCAUAUCUCGGUUUAAACACCUCAAGAAGUUGGUUCUAGUCCAUGGGCACUGGUGUUAUUCUCGCUUGGCAAAGAUGGUAAUUUACUUUUUCUAUAAGAAUGUGGCCUACGUCAACCUGCUCUUCUGGUACCAAUUUUUCUGUGCUUUCUCGGGGGCCUCCAUGAUAGACUACUGGCAAAUGAUCUUUUUCAAUAUGUUUUUCACUUCUGUGCCACCCAUCCUUUCUGGAGUCCUGGAUAAAGAUAUUUCUGCAGAAAUUCUAUUAAGUUUGCCUGAGCUAUACAAGAGCGGACAAAACUCAGAGAUAUACAAGCCGCUGACAUUUUGUGUUGCCAUUUUGGAGGCUUUCUACCAGAGUCUCAUCUGCUUCUUUGUCCCUUAUCUAGUGUAUUUUGAUUCUGAUAUUGGUGUUUUCACAUUUGGGACAACCGUCAACACCGUCUCCCUCUUCACCAUUCUAUUUCACCAAGCCUUAGAAGUUAAAACUUGGACACUGUUCCAUGGGAUAACAAUCAUUGGGAGCAUACUGCUUUACUUUAUUUUCUCAAUCAUCUACAAUGCUGCCUGUAUCAUCUGCAACCAUCCCACCAAUCCGUAUUGGAUUAUGGAGAUGCAAUUCUCAAAUCCCAUUUUUUAUCUUAUAUGCCUCAUCACCCCAACUGUAGCGCUUCUACCAAGGUACCUUAUCAUGACUGUGCAAGGAUCCUUCCAAGUUUCUCCCAUUCUCAAAGCCCAAUACCUGGAUAAGCUCCCUAAGGAACAACAGGACCAGGAAAUACAGAAAUGGAAAUCGAGGAAACAAGCCACAUCAACCGCAUCAACACCCGCUAGUAAUGAACUUACCCAACCCAUUGCAAAUGUGGGCAUGUCGAUAUUCGAUCAUGCAGAAGCAGGAAUAGCACGUUAUGAGAAUGGUGGCUGUCAGAAUCUCUACUCCUCAGAGCAGGAUAUACUAGGAGAAUGGAUGCCAAAUACAGAAAGCAGUGACCACACCAGAAGUUGGGCAGAGGAGGAGGCUGGGGCUGCCAGUUUCCUUUCCACAGAAGCUUCUCUCGGGCAACGUCUGACCGCAAAACCCUUUUCUGGCUGCCUUCCCAGCGAUACUGGAAGUUCUGUUCGAAGGAGCCAUCGGAGAUCUGUGAGUGCGGUGACUCUAUGA